GGAGAAAGAAGGGUAACACACAGAUUAAAGGAGGAUGAAGAGAUGGGCAAAACAGAUGCAUUGAAACGAAAAGGAAAAGCUGUUCAAAAUAAGUCCUUUCCUUGGCCAUUGUGUGCAUUACUUCUUUUAGUCUUCAUUGGCUUGUAUUUCUACAUCAUUGCUCUUUCUUCAUAUUCCAAAACUCAUCAACCCACUCCUCACCAGCCCUUUAUCAUCAAUUCCACAUUUUCAUCUCCCUUGCAUUCCCUAAGCCCUCCAAAAGAUAAAGAUGAUGAGAGUGUAUGUGACUACACAAAUGGGAAAUGGGUAUUUGACAAUUUGGGGCCUUUGUACAAUGAUGAAAGCUGUGGGACAGUGAAGGAAGGGAGGAAUUGCAGGAGCCAUGGAAGGCCUGAUGUGGAGUAUCUGAAAUGGAGAUGGGCACCUGAAAAAUGCAAUCUUCCCAGGUUUGACCCAAGAACAUUUCUCCAAAUCUUGAAGAACAAGCAUUUAGCCUUUGUGGGUGAUUCCCUUGCUAGGAACCAAUUGGAAUCACUUCUGUGCAUGCUAGCCACUGUUUCCCCACCUGAAUUGGUGUAUUUACAUGGUGAGGACAGUCAGUUCAGGAAGUGGCAUUUCCCUGCCCAGCAUUUGAAUGUCUCAAUUUAUUGGUCCCCAUUUCUUGUGAAGGGUGUGGAGAAAAACAAUGAAAAGAAUUAUAAUGUUCUCUACUUAGAAUCUGUGGAUGAGAGCUGGGGUUCUGAUUUAGGGGAGAUUGAUGUGUUGGUUUUAUCAGUAGGGCAUUGGUUUUUGCUCCCUGCUGUGUUUUACUAUGAGGGUAAGGUACUAGGUUGUCAUUAUUGUGAAGGGCAAAAUUAUACUGAGAUUGGAUUCUAUGGUGCUUUUGAAAUGGCACAUAAAACUGCCUUCAAAACAAUUCUUGAAAGAAAAGGUCCUUCUGGUGGUUCAAUUGAUGUUAUUGUCACAACAUUCCCCCCUGCACAUUAUGAAGGGGAAUGGGACAAGUUUGGGGCUUGUUCUAAGACCUUGCCCUACAAACCCGAGGAGAAAGUCCUCGAAGGGAUAGAGUAUGAGAUGCGGAACGUUGGGAUAGUAGAAACCAAAGAAGCAGAAGCAAAAUCAAAAGCUAAGGAAUUCGGGAACCGGAUUAGAUUUGAGGCAUUGGAUAUUACUAAGUUAUCAUUGCUUAGGCCUGAUGCUCAUCCCGGUCCAUAUAUGAAUCCUAAUCCUUUCCACGAUGGAAUCAAGGAUCAUGUACAAAACGAUUGCGUUCAUUGGUGUUUGCCGGGGGCCAUUGAUACUUGGAAUGAGAUUUUGUUAGAAGUGGUGAAGAGAUGGAGUGGUGAAUCCAGAAAGGAAAGGUAGAUAGAUACAGGAGUUUAUUUUCUGGUUUGUCCUUAUUAUGUUUUCGGGUUUCUUGAGGAUGGAAUUUUGAGAUAAACAAAAAAAAAAGGAACAAGAAAACGAGAUUUCUAGAGCCAUAAACUGGUGAUCUUGUUCAGACAACAUUUGUUUACAUAGUAUGUACAUAAAUUCUUUUUGAACAGUUGGAGAUAUUUAAAAAGUAUUAGGUUUCCUUCAA